CCCUUCCCCCCGGCCCGGCCCGGCCCGGCGUCAGUCCGGCGGAGCCGGGGUCCGGGAGCGAGCGGGGGAGCGCUCGGGGGUCGGCAUGGACGGCCGCUUCGGGGCCACCGCCCCCGCUCACUUCACCCCGCUCAGCGCCGCCAUCCCCGCCACCAGGGUGGAGGUGUCCGUGUCGUGCAGAAACCUUUUGGACAGAGACACAUUUUCAAAAUCUGAUCCAAUCUGUGUCUUAUACAUACAAGGCGUUGGAAACAAAGAAUGGAGAGAGUUUGGAAGAACAGAAGUAAUUGAUAAUACUUUAAAUCCAGAUUUUGUGAGGAAAUUUAUACUGGACUACUUUUUUGAAGAGAGAGAGAACCUACGUUUUGACUUGUAUGAUGUGGAUUCAAAGAGCCCCAAUUUAUCCAAACAUGAUUUUCUGGGACAAGUGUUUUGCACGUUGGGAGAAAUUGUUGGAUCUCAGGGGAGCAGACUGGAAAAGACGAUAGUAGGAAUUCCAGGGAAGAAAUGUGGAACAAUAAUUCUCACAGCAGAAGAGCUGAACUGUUGUAGGGAUGCUGUCUUGAUGCAAUUUUGUGCCAACAAAUUAGAUAAGAAGGACUUCUUUGGGAAAUCGGAUCCUUUUUUGGUCUUUCAUCGAAGCAAUGAGGAUGGCAGUUUUACGAUCUGCCAUAAAACAGAAGUUGUCAAAAACACCCUGAAUCCAGUAUGGCAGGCAUUCAAGAUCUCAGUCAGAGCUCUGUGUAAUGGAGACUAUGACAGGACAAUCAAAAUAGAAGUAUAUGACUGGGAUAGAGAUGGAAGUCAUGAUUUCAUUGGAGAAUUCACAACCAGUUAUAGAGAACUGUCCAGGGGGCAAUCGCAAUUCAAUGUUUACGAGGUGCUAAAUCCCAAAAAGAAAGGAAAAAAGAAAAAGUAUAUUAAUUCUGGAACGGUAACAUUACUUUCAUUUCUGGUGGAAACGGAGGUUUCAUUCCUUGACUAUAUUAAAGGAGGAACCCAAAUCAAUUUCACAGUGGCCAUUGAUUUCACAGCAUCAAAUGGCAACCCUGCCCAGCCCACAUCUCUUCACUAUAUGAACCCUUACCAGCUGAAUGCAUAUGGCAUGGCACUGAAGGCCGUGGGAGAAAUCGUUCAAGAUUAUGACAGUGACAAAAUGUUUCCAGCCCUAGGCUUUGGGGCGAAACUGCCUCCGGAUGGUAGGAUAUCGCAUGAAUUUGCUUUGAAUGGAAACCCUCAAAACCCCUACUGUAAUGGCAUUGAGGGAGUAAUGGAAGCUUACUACAGGAGUCUGAAAUCGGUCCAACUUUAUGGCCCAACAAACUUUGCCCCUGUAAUUAAUCACGUAGCAAGAUAUGCUUCUUCAGUAAAAGAUGGUUCCCAGUAUUUUGUUCUUCUGAUUGUUACAGAUGGAGUUAUCUCAGACAUGGCUCAAACAAAGGAAUCUAUUGUUAACGCCUCCAAGCUUCCAAUGUCAAUAAUUAUAGUGGGAGUCGGACCAGCAGAAUUUGAUGCUAUGGUUGAAUUGGAUGGAGAUGAAGUCAGACUCUCCUCCAGAGGAAAAUACGCAGAAAGAGACAUCGUGCAGUUUGUACCAUUCAGAGAUUACAUCGACAGAAGCGGAAACCAUAUCCUGAGCAUGGCUAGGCUGGCUAAAGAUGUGUUAGCUGAAAUCCCAGAACAAUUUCUGUCAUACAUGAGGGUCAGAGGAAUCAAGCCAUCACCUGCGCCUCCUCCGUACACCCCACCGACACAUGUAUUACAGACUCAGAUCUGAACGUGUUCCCGAAUGCCGUGCUCCGGGUCCGAUGCUCCAUGAGGAAGCGGGGAAGGUAACCCUUAUUCCCUGUCCGGAGUCCCCGUGAGUACCACGUGGUGGGUUUCCUGGGCUCCGAAAUCUAUUCUCUUCGUAAACCAAAACUGUAAAUACGGUUGCAUGAGCAACUGAAAAGUCGUUGACUGCUUGAAGCAAAACGUGGAUGUCUUCUCUCGUUUUUUUCUGACAGGAAAAGCUAGUUUCCGAUGUAUUGUGGAGAAAAAGCACAAACCAUGUUUUUAAUUCAAACAGUAUCGUCGUCUCUGACUGCUCUGUAUAUAGGAAUGCCGUUCUUACGUAUCAAUGUUUACAUGUUACUACUUUUUAAAUUUCAAUACUUUUAUAACUGUUCCUAAGAAUAAGAGUUUUGAAUAUUGAAAAAUAUGUCUUCUAACUUGCAAUAGAUAGAACCACAGGAAGAGCAAUAUCUCUUUGAACCACUGUCCAGACAAAUACAAUCGCAAACAAGGGAAGGACGAUAAACAUUUGUAUUUCUCUGUGGCUGAAUUGUCUCGCUGGGCCUCGGAUGCUUAGAAGUCAGUUCGCCUCUCUCAGUCGGAUACGUUCAGUGGGUCUAAUCUCAAAUGGGAACCCUGGAAGGACAUACAUUUUUCAUAGAUUGUCUCCUAAAUUUGGAGCGCAGUCAGUUUACAUUUUAAACGGUUGGCAGCACACUGAGAACAAGUUUAAACGUGGUUGAACCGUAAUUCCAGAAACAACCAAACUUUAUAAAAAUAGACUUUUUUGUAUCAUAAUUUAGAAAACCAAUAGUAUGAUUGUUUAAAAGUUGACGUGCUGCUCCAGGCUUUUUGUUGUACUAUAUAUUGUCUAGAUAUUUCUAUUCAAAGGGAUACCGGCUCUCGAUAUUUGGAGUCUUUGCUAUUACCUGUCCGCAUUACCGUGCAGGAUACACAGGUUGGGAGUAUUUAGUAAAUCGAUCAGUUAAACAUUCACUGCCAUGUGAUUUUAUGCACAAUGAAUUUGUGUGCUAGACUACUCGCGUAUUAGGAUAUGCCUGGUCAUAAUUAACCGAAGAAUCUUUUGCAUGUACAGUUUUUAUAAGAAUUACAGUUUUGUGAAUUAGUGUCAAAAUCAAAGCAUUUCUUUAGAACAAAUGGCCUUAAAUUCUCACAGAAUUCCUGGAAACAAUUGUGACUUGCCUUCGAAUAAUGGAAAGGUGUAUUUUUCUUUUGUGUCAACAUUGUAAUUGCUUUGUAAUGUAUUUUUUCAUUUACUACUUGGUUCAUUUCUACCGUAUGUUGUACUUUCUGUCUCAUAUUAACUCACGAUGACUUUUUUAAGCAUGAAAAAGAUUUUGCUGAAAUAAUACACUCACACAUAUCUACAGUAUCAAUGGACUAGAACGAUGUAACGCAAAACUGUCCCUUUUUAAAUCUAUAUUAAACUCUUUAAAGUGUA